CUUUGCUCAUUGACUGUACGCUAAGCUAAGAAAAGUACGUGCCAGCAAAAGUUAAGUAAAUUAUGGCUGAUUUAAGCAAGAUCUGUAACAUCCCUACUAAUAGAUUUAAUCAAUAGCAGUAGUGACCCUGUGGUGGGCAGGGAUCUGCUCAGCUUCCAGCCUGUUAUAGUGCUCCUGUCAUUGCUGCCAGCUAAAUCACAAUGAGGGGAGAAACAGUACAUUGGUUGGCUUGUGCUCUAUAUGUUGCUUGCCGUAGGAGUAUAAUCCCCACUGUAGGAAGUGGCUUGAUGGAAGGUAAUUGUGUCUCACUGACCAGGAUUCUGCGGUCAGCAAAGCUAAGUUUAAUCCAGUUUUUUAGUAAAAUGAAAAAAUGGAUGGACAUGUCAAAUCUGUCUCGUGAGUUUCGAGAAAGAGUGGAGAGGUUGGAGAGAAACUUUGAAGUAUCCACAGUGAUUUUUAAGAAGUUUACACCAAUAUUUUUGGAUAUAUUUAAAAAUCCUUACGAAGAACAACCAAAGCUACAGAGGAGCAGGAAACAGAGACGAGUGCCCUGUAGUGUUAAAGACCUGUUCAAUUUCUGCUGGACACUAUUUGUUUACACAAAGGGUAAUUUCAGUAUGAUUGGAGAUGAUCUAGUGAACUCAUACCAUUUGCUUCUCUGCUGUUUGGAUUUGAUUUUUGCAAAUGCACUGCGGUGUCCAUAUAAAAGAGAUUUAUUGAAUUCAUCUUUCAAUGGUUUGCCAGAAGACUUUCACACAGUUGACUUCAGGGCAUCUGAAGCGCCUCCAUGCAUUAUUGCCACACUCUGUGAAUUACAUGAUGGUCUUUUGGUAGAAGCCAAGGGCAUAAAGGAACAUUAUUUUAAACCAUAUAUCUCAAAACUCUAUGAUAGGAAGAUUUUAAAAGGAGACUGCCUUCUGGAUCUUAGUAACUUUAUAGACAACAACAAAGCAUUGAAUAAAGAAUAUGAAGAAUAUGUUCUGACAGAAGGUGACUUUGAUGAGAGAGUUUUCUUGGGGGCAGAUGCAGAAGAAGAAAUUGGGACUCCUCAAAAGUUUUCUGCUGAUAUACCAUCUGGGAAGGUGAUGACAAGAGCUCAUGUAGAGUGUCAUCUGCAACAACAUUUUGAGAAGAAAAGAUCCUUUGCACCUUCAACUCCCCUGACUGGUAGGAGAUACCUCAGAGAGAAGGAACCAGUAGUUACUCCAGUUGCUUCUGCAACACAGAGUGUAAGCAGGUUACAAAGCGUGGUAGCAGGAGUGAAAAAUGCACCAAGUGAAAAACUUGUAGAUAUUUUUGAGUCAUGUAUACGAAACCCUAUGGAAAACAUCAUGAACAGAGUGAAAGAGAUAGGUGAAAUUUUCUGUCAGAGCUAUACUCGGUCAACUGAAGAUCAGCCAGGAUCUCACAUAGAUUUUGCUGUUAACCGGUUAAAAUUGGCAGAAAUUCUAUAUUAUAAAAUCUUGGAGACCAUAAUGGUGCAAGAAAAGAAAAGGCUGAAUGGCAAAGACAUGUCUGCCCUAUUAGAACAAGAUAUUAUUCAUCGUUCCCUGCUGGCAUGUUGUUUGGAAAUUGUUCUGUUUGCGUAUAGUUCAUCACGAACUUUCCCCUGGAUCAUUGAGAUUCUUAACCUCAGGCCUUUCUAUUUCUAUAAGGUGAUUGAAGUAUUGAUUCGAUCAGAAGAAGGACUUUCUAGAGAUAUGGUCAAACAUCUGAACAGCAUUGAGGAACAGAUCCUUGAAAGCUUAGCCUGGACAAAAGAUUCUGCACUGUGGGAUGCCCUCCAAGCAUCAGAGGACAAGAUUCCUACAUGUGAAGAAGUAGUAUUUCCAUGUAAUUUUGAAACAGGGAAUGGAAAAGUACUAGGACAUCUUCCAAUGAUGCCAGCAUCUCCUAUAGUGCAUCCUCGAGUAAAAGAGGUUCGGACAGAUCUUGGAGGGAGUAUUAGACGGGACAUUCAGCCGUUGUCUCCGAUCUCUGUUCAUGAUCGUUAUAGUUCGCCUAUGGCGGGAAGUGCUAAGAGAAGGCUUUUUGGAGAUGAAGGCCCAAAAGAAAAAUCCACAGAGAAGAAUCUCACUGAAGGGACUAGGCUGAAAAUCGCCCCAGUUUCUAGCUUUGUUGAUGAAUGUUUGUCUGUUUCACCUGAGCAGACAGUUCUUACAAUGGCAACAGCUGCCAUAACAGGACAGAAAAUGACAAUCCCAUUGCAUGGUAUUGCAAAUGAUACUGGAGGGAUCGCUCUGAUACCCAUUUCAAUCAACUUAUCUGAAGAAUCUAAAGUGGACAGUCAUGAACAAGUUCCUCUUACUGCUCAAGCUUUAAUCAGUCUAUCGCCAAGUCAUCCUCAUAUGACUCAAGCACAAGAGGCAUAUCAUCCAGCAGGAAGCAGGCCAAAGAAAACGGGAUCUCUGGCAUUAUUUUUCAGAAAGGUAUAUCAUCUGGCAAGUGUGCGGUUACGUGAUUUAUGCUUAAAGUUAGAUGUUUCCAAUGAUUUGCGGAGGAAGAUAUGGACUUGUUUUGAAUUCACUCUAGUUCAGUGUACAGAUCUAAUGAGAGACAGGCACUUGGAUCAGCUCCUCCUCUGUGCUUUUUACAUCAUGGCAAAGGUGUCCAAAGAGGAAAGAACUUUUCAGGACAUAAUGAAAAGCUAUAGAAACCAGCCACAAGCAAAUAGCCAUGUCUACAGAAGUGUCCUAUUGAAAAAAUUGCCCUUGGAGGUUGAGCUUGAUAGAAACCAAAAAGAGAUGUCAGAAGAAGGCUCCCCCAGGAAGAUGAAAUAUUCACCUAUAAGAACUAAACCAGAAGAUUCCAGAAACUUGGAAAAGGAGGAUAGAGGGGAUCUGAUUAAAUUUUAUAACACCAUCUAUCUAGGAAGAGUGAAAAGCUUUGCACUGAAAUAUGAUGCUUCCAACCACGAUCAUGCGGUGGAAGCACUUCCCCUUUCCCCCUUUCCCAGCAUUAAACAGCAAUCAGUGUCUCCUCGACGGAUAUCUCAGCAACACGCUGUUUAUGUUUCACCACAUAAGAAUGGUGCUUCCUUGACGCCUAGGACUGCACUGUUAUAUAAAUUUAAUGGAAGCCCUUCUAAGAGUUUGAAGGAGAUCAACAAUAUGAUAAAACAAGGAGGGCAAAGACCUAAGAAGAGAGCCAUAUCAAUUGACAGUGACACAGAGUCACCAGCGAAGAGACUGUGCCAGGAGAAUGAUGACGUUUUACUUAAACGUCUUCAGGAUGUUGUCAGUGAAAGAGCAAAUCAUUAGGUCAACAAAAGUACUGUAAGCAAUGUUUAUUAAGAUCUGCCAUAUGUGGCUUAAAUACCCCUCCUCUUUCAAGCUUAUGGUAUGUAGUCAGCGGGCCAAUCAAAGUAUUGAAAUGUACUGGUUUUGUGAUCCUUGCUUUUGCAAGUAGAAUUUUAGACAAUUACUUCUAUCCCACAGCUUAUGAAUGUGUGCAGCAUUAUUUUGAAGUUGGUUUGAACCUGAGCUGGAAGAAGUUGCACAUUUUUAAUGUGUACCUAUAUGGUUUGGGGGUUGUAUUCUGAAAGUUGAAGCCAAUUUCUACAAUGAGAAGGUCUAAGUUUUCAGACUGUAACAAUACUCAUUAGGAAAUGUCUAUGCAUUAUUUUAAUGUGGAAUAAGGUAGGAAGAUAUAGCCAUUAAUAUAGUAAAACAAGAGGACUUUUCCUUCUAGUUUAGAAUGAAGAGACAUCCCCUUUCUAUCAAAUGUUUGAAUAGUGUUUUGAUUUGAACCAUCAGCAUAAAAUGCUGUACUCUUAGCUGCUGGUAGAAUGGGAAAUAUUCUGUGGGAUGAACUGAAUUAGGGUUUAGAAUCGGGUAUUUUGGCAUUUGGUUUUGUUACUGGUACAGCUGCAGAGGUGAAAAUAUGCAAUCUUCUAUCAUAGCCCAUAUUGGUGAAAUUUACAUUAUUUUGCUACCUCAUUUGAAUUUUCUUUCCUAAAGAGGCAAUGACUCCUGUUUUUAGAGAUAAGCCCUCUUCCAGAGCUCACAGGGCUAUCUCUGUAGCACUACGGAUGUCUACAUUCUGUAUACCAGGGAUGGGGAACCUCCAAAACUAAUUCAGCUGAGCAGUUCUUGUAGAGAACUUUUCUUAUCCUCCAACUAUCCCUCCUUCAGCCCUGUUUCAUCUUCUUUCUCCGGUUGCCAAGUUAGAGAAAAAAAGAAAGAAAAUAUACUAAGGAGGCUUUCUUAAAAGUGAAAUAUUUCUUAAAGGACAGCUCAAUGAACAUUUCUUAAAAGGACAAUUCCAGUGCUGGAAGGGAGUGAUGAUUUGGGGGAAGGGAAAAAAUAUUUGGCGUGAUCUCUGGGUAAGUGUCAGUUUGGAGAGGGGAUAAUUUAAUUGAAGCCACAGGAUUUCGGACGGUUAAUGAUUGGAGAGGUGUAUAAGAGGGAGAAAGAAUGGAUAAAUGGGUUGCAAGCUUGGGUGAAUGAAUGGUAUGUAUGAUAUAUGUAUGAAUGGUGUCUAUGUAAGAGAGCAGGGAGGAGUAGUUCUGGUCACCAGUCUCUGCUCCCAUCCACUGCCCCUGAUAUGCUUCCCCAGAGCCAGUACAACACUUGGGCUGAAAAGCGUUCCCACCACUGCUGGAUGCCAACUAUGAAAAGCAUGUCACUUAUGCUACAGUUGCUCUAUUAAUUCAUUAGUUAAUAUGACUUCUCACACUUUGAGCCUUGCUAGACAUUAUAGCUGCUUACAUGGGAGGCAGCCCUCUCUGGGUCGCUAGAAUCCCGAAGAUCUCUCUUCCACAACUAUUCCAAUGAGGAAGUGAAGGCUAAAAUGGCUUGAAACUGGCUGAACUGUGCCUUUCUCAGCUUUGGAGAAGGAAAAUAACCCCAGAGAGUCAAAGGAGUAGGAAGUAUCAUGCCUUUGGCAAAUAUUCAUGUAUCACCUCAAUGCUGGCUGGACUUUUUAAAUCUUCCAGUGGGUUUUUUUUAAUUGGUUCCUCCAACCCCCACCCAAACACAAAAGCUUGCCAGCACCAAGAUGAGAAAUUAGUCCUUUCCUUGGGAAGGCACCGUUUUUAUGACUUGCUGGGGCUCUUCCUAGGCCAGGAAAAAAUGAGGGCUGAAUCAUUGAUUAAAAACACUCCAGCCUUCUCUGACGGAUGGACAAUUUGGCAGCACGAAACCUUUGAGAUUCUGAACAGUCAAAGCUGGCUAAACAGUCAGAAUAUCUGUAAUUUGUAGCCAUUUUCUUUCUCUUAAAUAACUUCCCCCUCUAAAAAGCAUGUUUUCACUUGUGUAGUAUCUACACAGAAUGUAAGCCUUAUCAAAUUAGGUGUACUUGUACAUAAGACUAUUAUGUAGCUAUCGUAAGGGCUUGGCAUUUACUUUCUAUUGCUGAGGUGUUUAUAAAGAUGGAAUUUGAUUAGGAGUACUUUAUGAAAGCAUAGUAAAGAUGAGGUUUCAUCAUUAAUGUAGAGGAUCACUCUCACACUUAGGAAGUUUUAAAGGUAAGAGCCUUAUGAUAAACUUCUAUUUUGUGUUUCCAAGUUCAUAUGUUGGAAAUAAUAUAUUUUCUUGUGUUGCCUUUCAUAAACAUCUUAUCAGAUUUUUAUCUUUAGCCAGUAUUCCAAAAUUUAAUACAUUGAGAUCUACUAGUCUAACAGGUCACAAGGCCAAAGGUUAGAAUGAAGCUGAGAAACCAUAUUCUACAACUUGAAUGUGUCUGUGCUAUACUAAUUGGCUAUGUAAAGAAAAUUCCCAAGUGUCACAGAAUCUAAAUGUUAUACAUUUUAUAAAACAAGUGGGCCAGCAAGCAACAGAUUUGAAAAAGAUGUGUUUUCCAUUUUGAAUGUCCCACGUGUUACAAGGUGGCAUAAAAAUACACUCAGUACAAUUUUAGCUAUAUGUAUAGUUACUUUUAGUGCAUUUUCCUCAGUUGGUCUUAAUUUCUCAUGUGUACUUUACUUAUCUGCCCUCCAGACAGAUUCUCAGGUCUGAUCUUAAAAGGCUGGUGCUGAAGUUAUAAUUAUUAAUGAUUUAAUUGUUUAUAUUAAUUACAUUUUCUAUUAGCUACAGCUUUUGUAAUUUUGUAUUAAUUACAAUGUGGUGUAGAAGAAGCUAGUGAUACUCCUGAUUAAAUGUUGGGCUUGCUGGAAAAUACUUUUUUUAAACAAAAUGUUUGCUAUACUUUGGAAAUCCUUGUAAAUAUGAAUCCUAAUUAAAAAUGCUUUAUUCUGG